UUGGAAGGUUAGGCUAUGGCGAAGGCGCUGUGACGAUGAUUUCCCGGCUGCCCUGUGGAGCGCCUCGAUGGACGGCAUUGUAGCGAUCCAGCAGCAGCAGCAGCAGCAGCAGCCAUCGGCGGCGGUAGCGGCGGCGGCGGCGGCGCGGCGGAAGGAGUGGCGCGUCGUGUCCGAGGGCGGAGGAGGAGCGCAGCAGCAGCACCAAAAGAAGCUUUUCGAGGCUGCCGCUGUCGCUGCUCCCGCCGCUGCGAGGAUGAGCCAUCCACAGGUCCGGCAGCAGCAGCGCUACCCCGGCCCCUCCUCUUCCCGCCCAAGAAAUGGGAGGGUCUACCCCCCUGACGCGGAGAAUGUGAAUUCCGACAAGCUCGCAGCUAAGAACGAGGAGCAUGGCGAUCAAGCUCUGGAGGCCGCGGAUGCCCACAUUGACGAUCUCCAGCACCGGUUGAGCGAGAUCUCCAGGCAGCGGGAGCAUCUCCAGCAAGUGGAGCUGGAUCUCCAAGUCAGGUUCUUUGCGCGGAACGAGAUUUUGAGACUGCAAGCCAGUUUCGACGAGCAAGCCAAGCAGCACAAUGAGAUCGUCAGUGGCCUCCAGGAACAACUACAUCAAAGAGAGGAGCAAAUGCAAGAGAUGCAACAACACUCAGAGGAAAGAGAGCGGCAGCUUCAAAUGGAAGCCAACGAUGUAAGGAACCAGGUCUGGGCGAAGGACGCACUUAUCAGGGACCAAACAAAUGAAUUGGCUACAUUGAGGCGUGAACGUGACAAUGCGUUGGCUGAGAACAAGUCUAAUACUGCCCAACUGGAUGCUGAAAGGGCCGACCACCAUGCUGAAGUGGAAAGUUUGAAAGAGCAGAUUCGCGACAAAGAACGCCGUCUUCAGGAGCUAGAGGAACAGGAUAUCUUGUUUCCGAAUGAUAAACAGCUCAGGGACGCGCAGCUUUGGAUGGCUCGUUCGCAGGAGCUGGAAGCAUAUCACAUGAACGCAAUCCAUGCUGAGCUUCGGGAGCGGACAGAGCAAAUGACGCAGUUGUGGGUUAGCUGCCAACGUCAGGUAUCAGACGUUGAGCGCUACUAUCAACAAGUGAUCCAAAAGCUGCAGCAGGACUUAGAAACGAAUCAUUUUGUAAGGAACAAAGAGAUGACAAUCGAUGGCAGUGGAAUGCGAGGCUCAAAGGCUAUUGAGCAAGGGAUGGCUUUUCACCAUAAGUUGCCCGUAAUACACAUGGAGGGUGCAUUUCCUAUGAUGAUCCCACCUGAUGGACUACCGCCGGUUGAGCACGCAACAGGUCUGCCUGUCCUUACAGCUCCAGUUUUAGGAAUGACAUCUGUUGUACCUCCGUCUCCUAGUAUUCCUCAAUAUGGUGCGGUUCAGCCAGUGUCGACCAUGCCGUUUCCUCAGCCUGUGCCUGUGCUGAUCUCGCAACGACCACCGAUGAAGCAUCAGCAGCCAGGAGCAAUAUACCAUCCCUCCCAGAUUGUCCAGCGGCAACAACGUCCGAUCGAACAGAAGCAUGCACAAAGCUCUUCAGAAGAGUCCAAUCCACAGCUGAAGGUGAAUGAGGUGGAGCAGCCAAGCAUGGAGCAAGAAAGGAGUCAAAUGGAGAAAAUGUUCUCCGGGUUAUCCUCUCAGAGGCAUCCUUACAUGGAUCGGGAAGAAGUGACCGUCGAGAUGGCACCACCAAAGCAACAGGGCAUUCACUGUGCAAGCUUCAAUUCUGUCAUUGAACGAAGCAAAAGUUCACCACACGUGAACAGCAAGACAGAACAAUCGGCAGCACAGCCCCUCGAAAACGGACACCAAGUGGCGGUAAAGACACGCGACUUGGAACAAAGCCAUGAAGAUGGUCCUGUCCGCGAAGAAGCUUCUGUUUCUGUUUCAUCCGGGAGUACAUCGGAGGCAAACGGCAGCAUUUCCGAUUUACAUCUGAUGGACAGAGACUCUCUGCUGGCUUGCUUGGUCAGAGUCAUACCGGCCGAACCGAGCGCUAAAAUCCGAAUCAGCACGACUUUACCAAAUCGUCUGGCAAAAGUGCUCGCUCCGCUGCACUGGCAUGACUAUCGCAAACACUACGGACGCCUCGGCGAGUUUGUGGAGGCUCAUUCUCAGCUGUUUGUCGUGGAAGGGGACUACGUUUUCCUUCGAGAAGGCGCUCACGCCAUCGUCUCGGCCACCACCGCGGUCGCCAAAGCCGCAGCAGCCGUGCCUUCGUCGAGAACAGUCCAAGCUCCAACAGUGGCCUUGACACCGGUAGCACAAGCUCAGUCGCAGCGUUCCAGAAGCUCUAAAGCUCUCAACGCGGACUCGACUUCGUCGUCGUCGUCGACGAGUUCUCCCCAAGAGAAACGGCGAGAGACCAACCCAGCUCUCGCGUCCAAGGCCAACGGGAACUACGCGAGUGCCAGGAGUGUAAACUCGACAGUGGACGAGAAACGCUCUGGAUCGUUCAAGGAGAAUGGUGGGCACAGCUCAAACGGCUAUGGAAACGGUGUUCUUGACGGCUACGUGAACUACAACGCUGCUACCACUGCGUACUUCAAGAACAGAGAUGGAGAAAUUGGUGCUCGUCCUCAAACCCAGGAAGGUCGGAUUCUAGAGACGGUGUAGUUAACCGAAAUUCUUACACGCGUUUUUUUUUUUUCCUUCGUUAUUUUGUGUGGUUUUUUCUCUUUUUUGAAAGCUCGAAUAUUCGUGGGGAAUGAUUCGUUUGGAAGGAAAGGGGAA